CAGGUCUUGGGGGGCGCAGACUGCUCCGGAGGUCCCGGCCUGUAGAGGGCGCUCUUGUGGGCGGUGUCCCAGCCUAGGGGUGGCAGGGGCAGUAGAGACAUUCACUGCAGUGGGGUCGGUAAAUGUCGGGAGGUCGUCAGGUGACAGUGGUGACUGGGAAGGGAACCCAUUUAAUUUCCAGAUGAGUGCAGAGUCCCUCCUGGCGCACUACCACAGCUGGCUGCUCAGCGCCUCCGUCUCAGAAGCGCUGACUCCGUGCGCGGACCCCGGGACCACCGCCCAGGUGAGGCAGAGGAUCCUGGAGGAGCCCGACCUGCACGACCUGCUCCAGAACGACGCCUUCCACUUCAUCUUCUGCGGACUCCGGGGCAAAGCCGACCUGCUCCUGGCGUUACAGCACCUGGCCCGCGCCUUCCAGACCCUCGAGCAGGCGGCGCUCAAUCUGUAUAUCACUCCAUGGAGGACAGAGCUGCACACUAUAAAGACGUACUCUGGACAUUACGUGCACGCGCUGGAGGCGGCCCUUCCUCAGGAUGCAAUAUUCCAAGCCCUGGCGAGGUUAAACUAUGUGCCAGAAGCAGAUGGGACGUCCCUGAAGAUACGAGUUCUGCCCGAGCCGCGGACUCUUGCGGUAGCCGCCCUCGGCUUCCUGGCAGCUCACGUAGAAUGCAAUAUCUUAGCCAACCUCGUGUCUUGCUCAGGAUCUACUCUGAGGAACGGCGCUGAUCUCAUCCAAGAAAGGAGGAGCUGGCGAGGUGAAGACGCCUGCAUGGAAAGACUUCAAAAACUGGUGGUAUCAGAGCCAAGGAUAGUCCCUGCUGCCACGUCAUCCAUGACCGUGGACGGGAUCACCGACACUUCCAACGGUGAAGUUCUCUACCAAUCGCAAUUUUGUGACGACUGUCACGAACCUUGGGAUAGGCAUGUCAACAGGGGCUGUAAAAUGGUCACUGAACAGCAGGGGUGCCACGAUCAAGUGCCACGUGUGGAUUUUGUCAUGCAUGACUGUGUAUUUUCAGAACAAUCUUUACAGCAGUGCUGCGCACCGUGCUGCGCGUUCCACAGCUCCUCCUGCUCCGACGUGAGGGUCUGCAGAGACAAAGGACAUAGGGUAACCCAAAUGACUUCCUCCGAGAAGACCCGAGCAGUGAUGGAGGAGCAAAGAAGGAAGCACCAGCUCCACUCCUGCUUGCAGCCGGGACAGUUGCCCCAUUACCGCUGCAGUCAGUGCAGGCAGCUCCAUUACAUAAACUGCAAGGGGGUUCAGCGGUGCCGACGCCAGGGUCAUAACGCCACCAUGAUUAUGCUGGAGAGAAAACAGCGGCUGUGGCUGCAGCGCAGCCUGAUGGACCUGACGCUGCUUUACAGGGACGCCCCGGGCAGCCGUAGCGGAUUGGAGUGACGUCAUUUAGACAAGACGAAGGACAGUCAAAUGUCUUCCCAAACGCAGGGGUCUCUCUCCCAGUUCACAUAAUGUCCAGGCUGCAUAUGACUGGUACACUAUAGGAACAAAGCAGACAGCCACAUGUAGCAUGCAGUUAAAGGGGUUUUCCAGGACUUAAAGGGAAUGUCCACUUUAUUUAUAUUGAUGACCUAUCCUCAGGAUAGGUCAUCAAUAUCAGAUCAGCGGAGGUCCGGCACCCGGCAUCCCGCGCUGAGCGUAUGAGCGCUGCCUUCCCUUCAUUCUUUACCUGCUCGCUGUAAUUACGGCUCCUCCCCAUACACUUGAACAGAAAGGAGCCGUCCCAUAGAAGUGAAUGGGGACAGAGGAGCUGUAGUUACACCUGCACCACGGCGGUUGCGACGGCGAGCAGGUAAACAGGAGAGGGCAUAAUCCUCACAUAAAGAUGUUUGUGACAUUUCCAAUAACAAUACGCCUAGACCAGUGAUGGCUAACCUCCCGCACUCCAGCUGUGGUAAAACUACAACUCCCAAGAUGUACACGUGCUUGGCUGUUCUCGGAACUCCCCAGAAAUGAAUGGAGCAUGCUGGGAGUUGUAGUUUCCGGAGGAGCAUGCUGUGUUAACCCGCUACAGUCUAAUAACUGGUUGCUGCGGAUUAGAAGUCGGUACGAUAAUAACACACAAUAAAUCGCCACAAUUGAUAAGCAAGUUUUAUGUUAUUUUUAUUCCCAAAAAUAUGUUAAAAAACUGUUCGGCGUCUAUGCUUGAGGAUCUCCAAUAAAAACAAAGUUCAGAAUUAA